UCGGGCUAAUUGAUUUCCCGCCAUUUCGCAUCUCCUUAUCCCGGAUACAACAUCGUAUCUCCCGUCAGUACUUACAACGCAAAUGCGCAUGUCGAAAAGCCAACCUCAGCUUAAACGGUGAAGACGGCAGUGAGGGCUGAAAUACCGUCAAUUUGGCGUGCCAGAUAUUAACUACCUCAUGAGCUGGCCACAGGUCUCCGCCAUGGGACCCGGUGGGAAUGGAUCUGGUAUUCCGGGCGCCGGCGGUCAGGAAAUGUCCGGAGGGGCAUCCGGGAACCACUCAAAUCAACCACAUGCCACCGAGUAUACGUUACAAGGCGUUAUGCGCUUCCUUCAAACCGAGUGGCAUCGUCAUGAACGAGACAGAAAUGCUUGGGAAAUCGAGCGUCAGGAAAUGAAGGGAAGAAUAGCCGCCCUCGAGGGUUCCGCCCGAAGAGCAGAUGCUACACAGAAGGCACUUAAGAGAUAUGUUACCAUUCUGGAGAAGAAAGUGAAAGACCAGGCCGCCCAGUUGAAGAUUGCUGCCUCGUCUUCUGUCGCGGAUCAUUCUGUGAAGCAGCCUCAGAAGAUCGAUAGGGCUUCUUUGAUACAGGAGAAGUUGAAGCCGUCUAGCGAGAAACCGAAAGAACCCGUGCCAGGCCUAGAAGGUCUUGUAGGCGAACGUGUGCAGGAAGACGACGAGCGCGAGAAUCUUAGGGUCUUCCUGGAUCAGUGCCAAUCUGAGUUUACUUAUCUAAUGAUCACUCCCGCUAACCCUAUGCCUCCUCGAGAAUCUCCGCCUUUGCCACUAAUGGAAGAGGGAGACUUCGGGCUUCCUAUGAAUCAACAACCUCUUGAUGCGGCCUUCCAGGCAUUGAGGCUUAACCAGAAUCAUGUUAAGGACCAGGGCGCGCGUCCAGGUACAGGCAAUGCUAACAACCACCAUGUGCCGGCGAUGCAGCAAGGUCAUAACGUCAGCUUACCCCCAAAGAAUGCCGACUUGCAAUCGGCACCUAUGGUCCGAUCCGGAGAAGGUCCUGCUCCAAUGUACCCGCACCCCGGCGAGUGGUCCGUCUCUGGACCACCUGCGGCUCGUAUCCAGGAAGAUACGAAUGCAAGGCCUAACCACUCGAACGAGUCUGUGCGCUCUGAAUUUAGUGAAGCUCCGUUAGAGAAGCGAGGAUCAACCGAUAAUGACGCUUGGGACUUCGGCGAAGGCAAUUUCUCUGAUCCAGCAUCUACGCAGCAACUGCAGCCUCUUACACAUCGCCCAGAUACUGACGCUUUCCCUAACGCCGAAAAUCUCCCCAAGUCUCCUAACCGUGGUCCUGCUUCCCAUAGACGAAAGACUUCUAUGUCUCGUAGGAAGAGCGCAGACCAAGAACUUUCGCUCAACGGCGUGUCACAGAAAACGGAGAGUGGUAGUUUCAAACUCCGAUAUGGGCUACGUGGGCAUCUCAACGCGGUUCGCGCCGUGAUAUUCUCAGGUGGCGGGAGCCCAGGCGAGCCAGAGAUCUGCACGGCUGGUGACGACGGCUUAAUCAAGCGUUUCCACAUCCCGCGCGAGACGCCCGGUCAUCUCGGGAACAUAUCCUCCGAUCUCGACGUACCUGCUGAUUUUACCCACCGUGGACAUACGGGUGCCGUUUUAUCGCUAACGUCGUGGUCUCCGUCCCCCAAUUUCUCUACUGGGGGCCGUGCUCAGGGGGAUGGCUGGAUCUUUUCAGGCGGCCAGGAUGCGACUAUUCGGGUAUGGGAGCGCGGCAGAGUAGAUCCCAAAGCUACUCUCGACGGUCAUAGUGAUGCCGUCUGGGCCAUUUGUGUGCUACCUGCGACUCUCGGCUCCGUUUUCGGCCAAACUAAUCCGUAUGGUACACCGGAUCGCAUUCUUGUCGUUUCUGGAGCUGCCGAUGGUGCUGUCAAAAUUUGGGCCGUUAGUGCGCCGCCACAGUUGACAUCGCCGCAGCCGGCUCCACCUCGCCGUGGUACGGGAAGUGGAAGAGUUAGAGGCAACUCCAUGAGUUCCGGAUCGCAGUUUCCAAGUUCACCUCAGCCUAACAUGGCCUCGAAUUCGCCAUUCCAUUACACAUUGGUGCACGACAUCCGCCGAUCUAAUGGGUCACAAGCCUCACCGACGUGUAUUACGCCACUAUCAGUCAGCGGAGAAACCUUCGUUGUUAGCUAUUCGGAUGCUAAUAUCGUAGUAUUCGAUACAAGAACAGGCGAGGAGAUCGGUUCUAUGGCUAGUCUCGAGACUUAUGACAAUACGAUUGGCACAAGCGUCAACUCUGUCGUUGCAACCACAGCGGGCCUCGACCAGAGUUCCGGACCCGGUUUAGGUGAUGAUGAUGCGAGUGGGCCUACAGGUGGUAGUGGUACGGCUAGCAGUGGGAUCGAAGGUGUUAUUAUAUCUGGGCACGAAGACCGCUUCAUAAGGUUCUUUGAUGCUAAUAGCGGCCAAUGUACAUACAACAUGCUCGCGCAUCCUGCAUCGAUAUCGUCCCUUUCCCUUAGUCCUGACAGCCGUGAGCUCGUGUCUGCCGGUCAUGACGCAAGCCUUCGAUUCUGGUCUUUAGAAAAGCGAACCUGCACCCAAGAGAUCACUAGCCAUCGUAUCAUGAGAGGGGAGGGCGUGUGCUCUGUUGUCUGGAGCCAAGACGGCCGAUGGGUUGUCAGCGGUGGAGGGGACGGGGUUGUAAAGGUAUUUGCGCGGUAAUGCUAGCCGUCUGGGGAUGUUUGCGGGCAACACUUGAGGGAAAACUAUGGUAAUGGCAUGAACCUAGCCGAGGAGUUGGUGGAAUUAUCCUGCGACAGAACGAAUCUCAUACUAGACGGAUGAUCCCAUCCGACGCUCUCGACUACUUUUUGAGAUACAUCCACGAGUUUGGGGAAGUCAACU